AUGUUUACUUCCAUCAAUAAUCGUACAGUUUUCGAUAUACCAGUAACUUGGAAUCGAACUCGUUUUGAAGCAUCACGUAUAAAAUGUCGACAAGCUCGCAAAAUAGUUGAAACUAGUAUUAAUGCACAAUUUAAUAAACAACUCAAAGAUGUUUUCUUUCAAAAACUUGAUAUCGAAAAAAAUACUACUGAUAGUCAAGAACGUAUAGUUUAUCAAGAAAAAAAAGUUCGUGCACUUGAUAAUUUAACUGAUGUAGCAGCACAAUCAUUGGACAAUUAUUUUGAUAAGCGUAUGGAAAAUGUUCGUAUAGCUAUACAAGAACAUUGUAAUGCUAUUCAACAAAUACUUCGAGAAGAAAAUGAUCAUUGGCAAGAAAUUCAUACAGCUAUCGAUCAAAAUAUGAUUACUUCAAAUGAUAUUCAUCCACCAAAUAAAAUCGAUGAAGAAAUUCCAUUGACAAAUAUUCAUACAAUUGAUGAAGCUGAUGAAGAUGAACAUACAUCACGAUUAUUAAAUAAUAAAACAGUUACACCACUAUUAACUGAAAUGAUUCGAAAAUCUCGAUUACACUCAAAUCGUCCUUCAUUAAUUCAAUAUAGCAUACCAAUAUCGACUGAAAAUUUAAUUCAAACUAAACAAGAACAAUUCAGUAUGAUUCAACCUUUAAAUUCAGCACGUCGUACACUUCAUGUUAUUGAUACAACAUUUGUUGUUAAACUUGAAGAAUCGAAAUCUAUCGAACCUGAUCAAGUAGAAAUUCCUUCAAUGGAAUCUUCUUCACCUUCAAUUAUAACUAAUCCAAUUCAAUUGGUACCUACGACUACUUCGAUUCCAACUGAACCAUUAUCAGUAACUACAGUUACUCCAAAUGAAACAUUACCGACACCUGAAGUUGACACUACACCAAGUUAUUCUCAACCAAAACCACCAGCUCGAUUAUAUUUUUCACCUACACUUCUCUUAGACGAUGUUGAAUCAGAACCUAUUCAACCUGUUCUCUCGACUAUCGAUCAAAAUCAAACACGUAAUGAAAAACCAAAAUUAACAUCUCGUCGAUUUGGUCAAACAUUUUUACUUGAUAAUAUUAAAUCAGAAAAAAUUGAUGAAAGU